AUGACGGACCCAGACCUCAACAAUAAGCUCGAUAGACUACUCACUCUAUUGGAAGCACAGCUAGAGCUUACCAGACAGGGUCAUCGAGAGGAACGAUUACAACGAGCUCAACUGAGCAGGGAGGAGACAAUGGACCUCUCUCACUCAGAAGACCAAGCAGGAGGAGGAGAUGAGUCUAUGAUAGGAGACCCACAUACUCCUACUCCAGCUCCACGACCAAGACGAUCAGUCUCAUUCAACCUGGAUGAGCAGGAGGACAUCAACUACAAGAAGUAUGCUUCACCUACUGGGCCAAGAUAUGUCAAGACUAAGCUGGACCCCUACAGCAGGACUAGGACGGACCCUUACCCCCUGGACCACGAGGAGGAUACCAGCAUCAUGGCAGAGCUUAACCGGUCAAAGCCCAUUGCCACCCCCUUUCCAAAGUUCAAUCCCCGAGACAUGGAGAUCUUCAUUCUAGAAGCCGAAGCAUGGUUUAAGUUCAACCAGGUGUAUGAGCAGUCUAGGAUGAUCAAUCACAUGGGUGCUCAACUGGAAGGGACAGCAAGAGAGUGGUGGACCUCCAAGCUCCGUAUUGAUAGAGCUAGAGAAGGAAGGUUGUUCAAUGAUUGGCACUACUUCACAGAGCGACUGUCAGAGCAGUUCAACCCACGCAAUGCUAGGAUGGAGGCAUACAACAAGCUGUUGGCUCUCAGACUCACAAGUGAUACUCCUGGUGCCGCCACACGUCAUGUAGAGCGGUUCAGAGACUUGGAAGGACAGGUCAACCUAGAUGACAACGAGCUAGUGAUUGAUCUCUUCAGAGGUAGUCUCACUCGCAGCAUACAGGAGAAGUUCGAGAGGAAUCCACCUGGGAAGAGAUGGGAGUGGUAUCGAGAGGUUGAGGAGAUCGAUCGACAGAGGAUGCUACUACAGCAGUCCUCGGCUAGACACUCACUCCCAAAUGCCACAUCACCUCCACUAAGAACUGGGUCUCGGCCAAAUCAAAGUUCGAUCCCCAUCCGACAACCCACUCAAACUUAUCCAGCUCGAUCACCAUCACAAGCAACUACACAAGCAACUAUACAAAACCUAAACCGACCCCUUCCUCAUCAUCCCACCCAACCCUCGAAGCAAGGAAGCCCUGCUCCAUCAGGUAUCAACACCUGUCAUGUAUGCAAAGGUAUUGGCCAUUGGGCCAGAGACUGCCCCAGCAGGAGGGUAGACCCUCUUAGCUCUCGACCCAUGGGACCAAAGGUUAUGGUCACCACAGCAGACCCCUUCGAGGAGGCCACCGACUCAGGAGAUGGCCACACAGGCAGCACUGAGACGGGUGACCCCGAGGCCAUGGACCUCAGCUCAUACCAGCAACCCAUGGACCCCGAUCACGAGGAGGAGCACAAUGAUGAUGACGACGAGGGAAACUCUCAGAUUCUUUCAUUAGUAUCUAUUGGUACACACAAUCUGGGUGUGGUCGAAGCUUCAGUGGCCGACACUGCAGACUAUGACCUCAUCCUGGGGUUCACUGAGCUACGGAGGCUCAAACCCACCAUACAAUGGGAUACGGGCCAGCUGGAGUUCAAGACUCAGGAGCAGGACCGACCCCCUAGGAGACCCCCUGAAGCAGCAAGAGCAGGGGACCUAACCAUGAGGAGACCAACCCUUCAUGGUAACGAGUUUGUCUCAGCAGAGCGCAUACUACGAGCAGCUCUGGAAGAUGGACCCAUAGGGUUCAUGCUGUUAGAGGAGCCACCAUCAUCACUCCCAGCCUUUGGUUUUGUACCUACAGGCGCAGACAAAGGAGUCGAGAUGGAGGUGGAGGUAGAUAAGGUGGUGACGGCUGCAGACAUACCAAAGCCAUACCAACACCUGCGAGAUGUGUUUGAUGAGGUGGAAGCAGACAAGCUGCCCCAUCAUACCGAGCAUGAUCUCCACCUCGAGUUGAUAGAAGGAGGGAAGCCACCUCAAGGGCCCCUAUACCUUAAGGGACCCAAGGAGAUGUCCGAGUUGAGGAGGUACUUGGAUGAGAACCUCGAGAAGGGGUUCAUAAGACCAUCGAAGAGCCCGGCACGAUCACCAGUGCUCUUCGUACCAAAGAAGGAUGGAGGUCUCAGACUCUGUGUGGACUACAGAGGUCUCAACGAGAUCACUGUCAAGAACAGGGCACCAUUGCCCCUCAUCGAGGAGCAGCUGUUCUUACUCAGGAAGGCAAGGAUCUAUACCAAGCUAGACCUUAGAGCAGCAUACAACCUCAUCUGGAUUGCUAAAGGAGAUGAAUGGAAGACAGCUUUUGGCACUCAGUUGGGACUCUAUGAGUACCUAGUGAUGCCCUUUGGCCUAGCCAAUGCUCCGGCUCACUUCCAGUCAUUCAUCAAUGACAUCUUCCGAGACAUCAUUGGAGUAUAUGUAGUGGUAUACUUAGAUGACUUCCUGAUCUUCAGUGACACUGAAGAGGUACAUGUGAAGCAUGUCACCGAGGUCCUCACUCGCUUAAGGAACAACAGGCUCUUUGCUAAGCUGUCGAAGUGUGAGUUCCACACCAAGACAGUCGAGUUCCUGGGGUACAUCAUCAAGCCAACGGGCCUAGAGAUGGACCCAGAAAAGGUGCGCACUGUCAAGGAGUGGCCAAUGCCGGAGUCAAUCCAUGACAUCCAGAGGUUCCUGGGUUUUGCCAACUUCUAUCGAAGGUUCAUAGCCCACUUUGCUCGCAUAGCCAAGCCCUUGACAGCACUGGUAAAGCCUAUAGAACGGUUCAAGAAGUUCGAGCUACCAGAGGAGGCCCAACAGGCCUUCCACAAGCUCAUCCAGGCCUUCACGUCAGCAGGAGUGCUUCAGCACUUCGACUACCACCUUCCAACAAGGUUGGAGACUGAUGCAAGUGAAUUUGCUAUAGCAGGAGUACUCAAGCAGGAGCAUGAAGGACGAUGGCAUCCAGUGGCCUUCUACUCUAGGAAGAUGUCUUCUGCCGAGAAGAACUAUGAGAUCCAUGAUAAGGAGCUCCUAGCUGUGGUCGCCUGCCUCACUCAGUGGCGACACAUGCUAGCUGGACUACCGAACCAACUGGUCAUCCUCACUGACCAUGAAGCCCUCAAGUACUUCAAGUCACAGAGACGCAUCACAGGUCGACAAGCUCGAUGGGCAAUACUACUAGCAGACUUCGACUUCAUAUUGCAGUAUCGACCAGGAGACAAAGGUGGUGAACCCGAUGCUCUCACCAGAAGGACAGACAUGCAACCAGCCAGUGAAGAGCAGGAUCACAAUGUGAGGCAACUACUGCCUCCUCGAGUGUUCAAGGAGACAGCAGACCAUGACUCGCUCCUAGUGGCCCCCAUGAUCUCGAUGGAGUCCAUAGCAUCAAAAGGUCUCAAAGACCUGGUCAAGAUCUUCCAGCCUUUAGACCAAGAGCUACAGGAGAUACAUAGGAAGAAGCCUUUCGAACUCAAGGAUGACCUAUGGUACAGUGGAGGAAGGUUGGUUAUCCCCAAGGUGAUCAUGCCAGGGAGGACCAACAACCGACACUCAAGGAGUGCCAAAGAGGUAGAUGGACAGUCUCUCUCUGUAGAGCAUCUGCGAUUCAUGGUGAUGACCCAAUGCCAUGAUGGUAUCACUGCUGGACACGUAGGAAGAGAUGCUACCAUCAAGGCAGCUCAACGACAUUACUGGUGGCCAAACAUGACAGCUUGGAUUGCAGACUAUGUAGCAAGUUGUCCUACUUGUCAUGGGCCUGGAUGCUCAAGAAGCAGGAGGGUCAUGGGUUCAUAUGGAAGGAGCACAGGUAUCGAAGACCUAGUCGACACCAGUAGAGAGCAUGGUCGUAGUGCAGUCUCCAUGGAGACCAUGGACUCCUAUGGACUCACAUGCAAAGGAGGGCCAAGCACAGCCACGAGGAGGACCAAGCUCAAGGAGCAUGCAGAUGGUUACCACUCAGGGGCUCGAGAGACAAGAGCCAAAGGAACUGUCACUGAUCAAAGGAGGAGGAGCAGUGUCGACAAGAGGCACAGGGGUGCCAAGCAGGAGAGGCCCCUGAGCAGUACUCGAUGA